CCUCCGGGCCGGAUGUUGUGAAUUGCGAGUGCCGCCUUUGUAGUGAGACCAAAACGUCUUCACGUUCGUAUUCGCCCACGUUGUCAAUGAUUUUAUCUACUCAGACGAAUGUUAAAAAAUAAUUGUCAACUUAAGUAGAGUUUUUCAUUGAUGCAAAUCAAAAAAAAAUCAACUUAUUCAAGGGAUACUUCUUUAUAAUCAAGGGAUGCACGAUAUCUUUACCUAUCAUUUAGAUAUUAUAUGAUAACAUAUUUUAUGCCCUUGUAACACUGGUAAGGAUUUUGAUCAAUUUUGGAGACAUGUAAUUGGAUUUCAGAACAAACGGAAAUAGCUAUUAAAGUGAUACAAAUAUAAUAUGAUCAUUGUAGUGUUCACGAUUAACGAUCUUUGAGUGAAUGAUUUAAACUUAGACGGUGUAAUGUACAGCGUAGUGGCCCACCAAAAUUAUGGCCGAGAGCGGCGGGAACGACAACAAGCCCAACAACAUGGACAUCAAUCGCAACAACAUCACCACAAUCAGCAGAGUGGUGCACCAAGUGGAGGAAGUGGAGCAGGGCCAAGUUCAGCUAAGCAAACCUCAUCACAGCAGCAUCCAGACGGGCGGAGGAGAUCGCAAAGGCAUCGGAACUUAUCAAUUACAGUGCGGUUCCUUAAUUAUCUCAAGCGAAGAUUUAAUCGCACUCCAGAAGAAGAUAUUGAUGAUUUUAAUAUACAAGUGUCCCGGUAUAGACCAGAAGAAUUGUCAAAGCUCACUAAAAUCACUAAAUUUAACAAAAAAGAAAUUCAAUUAAUAUAUCGAGGUUUUAAGCAGGAAUGCCCUACCGGUAUGGUUGACGAAGACUCAUUUAAAACUAUUUUUUCACAAUUUUUUCCACAAGGUGACGCAACUCAAUAUGCACAGUAUGUCUUCAACACUAUCAAAAGAAAUCAGUCUGGAAAAAUUAGUUUUGAAGAUUUUUUGGCCAUACUUUCAAAAGUAUCUCGCGGUAGUGUUCAAGAAAAACUACACUGGAUAUUUGGCUUGUACGAUCUAAAUAAAGAUGGAGUAAUCACAAAAAAAGAAAUGCAAGAUGUGGUGCAUUCCAUUUACAGCAUGUUGGGUAGACAUACAAACCCACAGACUGAUGACCAGACUGCAAAGGAUCACGUGGACAGAAUUUUCCAUUUGAUGGACAAGAACAACGACGGAAACGUAACUUUGGAUGAAAUGGUCGCUUGGUGUAGCCGUGACGAGGGUAUUCUACAGUCAUUGGAUACUCUGGACACAGUGUUGUGAAAUGAGCCACGCUCGCCCAACAUGCGCAUAGGUACGCGUGGCCGGGCGAGCCUGUUUAAUUGGUGAACACUUACGUUUCAUAAGGCAUUUAUUGCGAACGUCGUGUGCCAUUCAGACAUAUUGCUUCGUAUGCAACGUUCCUAUCAACAUUUCCCUAGUAACUACACUGACCGUUUAGGAGGUCAAUUGGAAACAAUCGUAACGUUGUCACUAUCACUACUGUCGUUACCAACUAUGUGCAAACACCAACCGUUGGCAGAUACUAUUUUCCUAUGCUGUUAUAAUUUAUUUUGGCGUGAUCGAAUGUUGUUUAAGUUUUAACGAUUUUUCAAUUUCUUAUUAUUGUUAUUAUAAUGUAUGUAACCGUAGACAGAUGUCAUUUGAUGGUAACCGACGAAAGUACUAUAUCGUUUCAUA